GCCGGCUCUCUCCAUUCAGCUGCUCCUCGCGCCGCGUCAUCGCAGCAUGUCCGCGUGAAGCCGCGGAGAGAGACUCGGUUCGGCUGUAGUGAAGCUGCUGGUGCUGAUCCUGUUCGGGGUUGUGUGUUCCGGUCCGGAGGAACCGUUCUGGAAUCUAUUCUGCUGCGUCCAUCAGGUGCAGGGAGCGCGCAUCGGACCCGCCCAGCUGAGCUCAUCUUGUCUCACCUGGAGACUGCUGCCCUGUUCGUCUCCACGGCAACGGCCCUCAGAUGGCGAAGGCAGACCAGCGUUAUGGCCAGAGGGAUGGCUCUGACCAGAACUUCGACUACAUGUUCAAGCUACUGAUCAUUGGGAACAGCAGCGUUGGGAAGACAUCCUUCUUGUUCCGCUAUGCAGACGACUCCUUUAGCAACUCCUUCGUCAGCACCGUCGGCAUCGACUUCAAGGUGAAGACGGUUUACCGCAACGACAAAAGGAUCAAGCUGCAGAUUUGGGAUACUGCAGGGCAGGAGCGUUAUCGUACCAUCACAACAGCCUACUACCGUGGGGCCAUGGGCUUUAUCCUCAUGUAUGACAUCACAAACGAAGAGUCAUUCAAUGCAGUCCAAGACUGGGCCACUCAGAUCAAAACAUAUUCGUGGGACAAUGCCCAGGUGAUCAUGGUGGGCAACAAGUGUGACAUGGAUGAGGAGAGAGUCGUACCGCCUGAGAAAGGAAAACACCUGGCCGACCAGCUGGGAUUUGAGUACUACGAGGCAAGCGCCAAGGAGAAUAUCAAUGUACGGCAGGUGUUUGAGCGCCUGGUAGACAUCAUCUGUGUAAAGAUGUCUGAGCGUGUGGACGUGGAGGUGCCUGCAGCUCCUGGCUCAAAGACCACCAGACUGACCGACAAGCCUGCCCAGUUACCUCAGAAAUGCUGCUGAUCAUCAGUCGAACCACUCCUUCCCUCCUCCUUUUCCCACCUCAGUCUGUAGGUAAAACGAAGAAAAUCAGAUAUUUCAACUGUUAAGACAUCCCUUCACCCCCGCUCUGCUUCAGUCCAUAUUUGUGAGCCAUCAGUGAAUCCUCCUGCAGAAAUCCAUGAAACACCUCCAUCCAUGUGAUGUCCGUGUAUCUGAGGCCGGCUGACUGCUGGCGUCUCCUCCACAAAUUUAACUUGUCAUGUUUCAGCAGGCUCUCCACAGAGUAUGAGAAGGGACAGAACUACAUCUGGUUUUUGGUUUCCAAUUGUUUCCCUUACUCUGUUUAGGGGACAUUUGUGCGACUUAAACCUAAAGCGCCACCUGCUGACCAUACAGUUGACCAACACUUGGCGGGGUUUCUAUGCUGUUGUCGUGAAAAAGUCCAAGGUUUGUGUCAGUGCCUCCAGGAUGAUCCUGCUGAACUGGUGCCAGUAAGACGUCCCAACCUCUAACACCCUGCUGUUAUUUAAGCCAUGGUUGCAUGAUGAUGUGAGACUGACAUUAGAAAUGGUCUAACGCUUAAUAACUCAACAACUCUUACUUAACUCUGUACUUUCAAUGCACAGUAAAAGCAACAUCACAAAGCAGGUAGAACCUUGACAGGUGUUAAACAGAUAUAAAAGGAAACAUAGUCGUGGUUAGAGUCCCAGGAAGUCAAGGAGGUGGCUACUGCUCCUUCUGAUGGCUGGACUUAUGGUCUGAACUCUGGAAAGCUCAUCAGAUGGGAAGCAGACUAGUAAAAAACAGCAUCUUGUGUUUUACAUUUCAAUGUCUUCUUUCAGAUCAUCACCAUUCCCAUUAGGUCGACAUGAAAUGAUUGGUGGAUUUAAAUGCACCACGUUAGAAUGUCGCUUUUAUUAAGGUAGGAUCAAAGAAAAGCACAGCUCCGCCCCUCACUGUUAAACAUCAACUUAGCUUUAAGAACAGUCACUGCCAAACUAUGACUCAGCUUUAACACAAUUCUCCUGCAGAACGACUCGCUGUUUUCAUCGAUUUCUAGCUAAGCUAUCAAUCACAGUUAACAAUGUUGAAUUAGUCGAUUUAUUUCGGUUUACUUAUAAUUCAUAAAUUAUGAUUAAACUGGAAUGUUGUUAAUCUGAGACUCAAGGUUAACACUGGGACUCAACAUGCAAGACUAGCAAAAGUUAAGGAGCUUAUUCUCAUAUACUCAAGGUUUGAGGUUUUAAUCUGUAUAUUGGACUGUAAUUAGAUGUUAGCUUUGUUAAACAAUGAGACAGUGUUAAUACAGCUAAACUAUGAGUCAGAAAUAACACUAUUAAACUAUGACUCAUUUUUAGUACCGUUAAACUUUGAGUGAAUAUGAACACACUGAAACAAUGACUCACUGCUAACUCUGUUAAAAUAUGACCCAAUUUUAACAGUGUUAAACUACGAGUCAGAGUUAACACUGCAAAACUAAGAAAUAGUUUAACAAUGUUAAGGUGUUAAACUCUGUUAACUCUGAUAAAGUCUGACUCAACGUUAGCACUGUCUAUGUAAAGGGCUGGUUGUACUCCCAGUGGCAGUGUUUAGCAGUGAGCUUGACGCAGACAUUUUUGAUUUAUGCUCAAUAUUGAAGAGUGGUUUGCGCUAUAUUAUAUUCCACACCACUAGAUACAGAUGGCGGUGAGGAAGUGGGGCAAGUUUGUCCAACAACGGAAGGACAUGACGGUGAAAAAGAGCGGGAAUCCAGGUGGAAAAAGGGUCCCAAAGUUCUCGUGCACCUCGCUCUUCUAGCUGGUCCAACUUCACGAGUCGUUUCCACAACUGCGUUCAUACAAACAAACCAAGCCAGCAAGCAGAUGUAGAUUUGACCAAUCAGAGGCCUCCUGUCUGCAGCACUGUCUCCGGUCCACUACAACUUGGGAGAGAUGCAGCAGAGUGUCUGCAGAGGGGGCGCGGAUGUCUUUGCUUUCGCUGCGACAUCUACACAGACAGCCUAGUUUCGAAGUAUAAAUCAGCCUUAAGAGCCAACAUUAAUGCUGUAAACUAUGCCUCAAUUUUAAUAUUGUUAAACUGAGUCAAAUUUGACACUGUUAAACUAAUAAUAAUAAUUGAACUUUAUUGAUCUAACAUUGGAGAAAUUUAUCUCUGCAAUUUGACUAAGCAGUAAGCUGCAUUCGUGGGGUGCAAUGAGGUGUUGGGGGUCUUGCCCAGAGAGCCAGAGUGGCAGUCUGUAAGAGUUGGUUUUGAACUCACAACCUCAGGAUUUCAAGACCUAUGCCCUAACCACUAGGCCGCCCCCCCUCCAACAUUAAUCCAGACCAAACAAAUGUAUCAUCAACAGUCCUUUAGUGUUCGUCCUGAUGUGAACCUUAUUAAUCAAGUCAACAUUGUCAUCUGCUUAUUAUUGACCCAUCAUUAAAAAACUUCUGUUGAGCACUAAUGUGUUAACCUGAGUCACUGAAUGGUUUAACACUGUUAAACUGCUUUACCUUUACCAGACAUUAACAAGAAUAAACUGCUGAUCAAUAAGGACCGGUUUCAAUAAAGACCUGUGAAAUACUGACUGUUAAAGUUAGUCACCUGGCCAAAAAUAGCUUGAAACAAACAUGAGUCACUUGCAGAACAGUGACUAAGCAGUAAAGUAAUUUCUCCAAUUAAAGUUUCACUUUAGGCAUCGGUCGCUGGAUGAAUAAAUGACUCGUCAUUAACCGAGUCAUCUGCUGAAAAUGGACUAAUCAAUACCAGAGUCACCUGCUGAACAAUGACUUAUUGAUUAACUCAAGAUAGAUAUUAAAUGUUGACUUGUUAAAGGAGAAAGAUACAAGUUUAACUUCUCCUGGCCAGUACGUGGUGCAAUUGUGCUGACCCGCUCUUGUUCCAACCUUCAAAUGUACUGUUUCAAGAUUGCUGCCAGUUUUUUUUUUUAAGAAUUAGCAAACGUUUACCUUAUGGCGCUGUCACAUCUCGACGAUUAAGCCAGUGUAUGCCGAAGUCCCAGAAUCUCCUAAAAUGCUGGUGUACACUGAACUUUUUAUUUUUUUCAUUGUGGGUGUAUACAUAGAGUAUUCAAAAUGAGUCCAGAACUUAUGUCCAACGAUAGCCUAACUUACGCAUAACGCACGGCAACGUAAUGCCCAUGAAAUGUCACAAACCAGUGUCCUGAGGGGGACAGCAAUGCACCCAGGCCUGGCCUGCAUAAAAAGCACAACAAGAAGAUUUCUCUAAACUUCGCAGUCGCGAUAUUACCCUAGCAGCUUUUUACUGCCCGCUAAAAAAAUAAAAAGUAAAAUGAUAUAAAAAGAAGGGAGGAUCCCUCACACUCACCUUCUCUCUCACCCUAUGAUGGGGAUGAUACAGGUUGGAUAAGCUAGACACCACGACUUCUGAGUAAUUUAAAAUUAACGUAUAUCAACGAUCACAUAACCUCCCUUUAACUUAUGGCCCACAUAUGAGCAUACGCCGGCAUACGUCGUAUUUUCCGUAUGUCGACGUGUGCCAGCGUGCUUCAGUAUGCUCAUAACUUAUACAAAAUAGACCCAUAACUUAUCAACAUAUGCCAGCGUUGUUGCCAACUUGUUCGUACGUCAGCCAAUGCUGGCUAAAGGGCAGAUUAGACUUCUGCAACCGCACACAUCAAAUGUCGCUUGGGUCUGGUCGCGAACCAGUUUUGCUGGUAUGCCUCUGCACCGUCAGUCUGGAAUUUCUAGGGAAACACAGCAGUUUCCCGCCAGAGCGCUAGGGGGAGCCUAUUCGAGGACCAGUCACAGCUGCUUUUUCUCUGCGCACUUCCGCUUGAGGUCUGCGCGGGUUUGCAACUGUCCAAUGCUUAGUCGGGAUUUUUUUUAGGUGCGUGACAACAGUUGUAGAACAUCUGCACGGAGGGCGUGGUCGCGCACAGAGACAGAUUUUACGGUUGCAGAGGCUAUGCAUCAGAAGCAUAAAUUGGCCUUAAAUUGUCAAGGUGUAACUGUGCCAUUACCAGUAGGGAAACCAGGUACCUCCAGGUGGCGUUUUAGCUAUUUUUGCUACCUGAACUUGUGACCAACGCACGAAAGAUUAACAAAUUUUCACUAUUUUAUUAAUUUUAUUGUGCCUAAAUCUGAGAAAUGCAACACAGAGAAGAAGCCAAUUUUUAUUACAAUCUCAAAGCUCCUAGGAUCUGGCAAUGCCUUUGCUGCAUCUUACUUGACUUCAAUCUGCUAUUCCUAUAUGGAGAAUCAUUUUCUUUCAACUUUGGCAUCAUAACCAGGAAUCAAUAUUAAUAUAUUUUGGACCCGUCAAAAUGUAUAAAACAAAUAUGUAUAUACUAAAUAUUUUAUUUUUUUGUAAAAUUAAUUAUUUCAUUCCACACCACUCUAGACAUUCAGUGGAUGUAUUAUUUUUGUAAAAUUAAUUGUUUUGAUGAAAAAGUUGUAGCCAUGACCUUUAACACAAAUUUCCUGCCAAACCUAAACUCGGCAAUAAGAGGUUCACCUUCCUCACCAUCAGUUUUCUGAUGACCAUCCGGACUCUUUAUGUGAAAAGACUUUAAAUCACAUUAAAAUUCUGACCAACUAAGAGUUAUUCAGUGUAGAUUAUUACCGUUUUUAUCAAAUAAGUCUAGGAAAGAUCCAGUCAUACACAUUUGGUUCAGUUUAGUUCACAGCAGUUUAAUCUGGAUCAGGCCAGUUCUUUCCAAAUCAACCCAGGACCGUACUGCCAGUUCACUUCCGUCUGAAUCAAUCCAGUUAAAUCCAGUUCAGAGUAGACGGGGACCAGGGUCACAUCAGCCCAGUUUGGACCAGUCUAACCAUGAAGGGCCCUCGCAGCCUGCAGCCGUGCCUCAUGAUGGCCAUCACCCUGAAGCUGUUUUCUAGUCAUCUACAGUCUCACCUACCAGUAGUGUGCAGAGAGGAGGCCCCGCCCCUUUAGCAGGUGUUGUCAUGUAGCCACCAUGUUUGCAGUGUGUUUUACAUGAUCAGGUGUGCGUGUGUGUGUGAUAUUGUUAAAUAUUAUUAUAAUGAUAAUUAUAACCCAUGCAGCUGUAAGGGUUCUUGUGUUUGGACCCAGGAGUGACCCCACUGUGUGUCAUCUUAUGAGAAUAUAAAAUAAAAUUGUCUUCAUAUGACUUUAUUUUUGAAGUGAAUUUGUAAAUGAUAGAUUUAGAUCUAAAUAUACUGUUGUUGAGCAUGAGCUUAUUUUUAGGUCCUGUGUACCAUGGACCAAUUCUGUAAACUUGUUGUCUAACGGUUUACUCCGUAGGGAGAAGCACAAAGUGAUUGUAUAAAAUAUUGUGAAUGUUUGUAUAUUAUAGAUGAAUCUUAGUAUAAUAAAAAUCCCAAUCUUUCAUCAGAA